UUCCCGCAACAAACAAGUGUGGAAGCCUGUGGGUUCGCGGCUGGACCUUUUUAGCUGCUAAAAUGCCGAAAAGAGCCUGUCCUUUUCCAGAAACUUUCUCCUCUCAAUACAAGAUACAUGUCGGGCAACAAGAGUUGAAUAGUUACGGCAUGUUUGGGAACAAAUACAGGCAAGAAGUCUACGAAAAGACAAAGAACUUGCUCUUUACCGGUGCCAAGGCUGUGAUGGGCAAAAUAUGGACGGGAGAGGAGAAGUGCACAGACCCGCGGCUACCUGGACAAGCUGAGACACCUGCAUGCAGCCAGACACUGCUGAGAGGACAGACACUGAUUGGACAUGAUGGGAGACUGACGAGAGCAAAUGCCACUCCAGGUGCACCAGUGGCUCCUGCAGGCUGCUGUGUGUGUCAAAAGAGCCAGGGGUCCAGGACACUAUGCUCCCAAUGUGACCGUCCAGCGUGUUCCUCCUGUACUCGUCAGUGCUCAAGCUGCUCCAGCCACUGCUGCUCUGUCUGCACCAUCAUAGAUUACAGUGGGCGAUAUGAUGAGGUACUCUGCUGCAGUUGCUCAGUGUAAAGGAGGACCAGGAGGGAUCAUGAGUUUAAGCUUGAACAUACUGUGUAUGUAGUUGCCUCACAUGAGAUAUUACUAAGACUGCAUUUUAUACCAGUGAUUUUUUUUUUUGACUUUUUUUUUU